CGAGCAGCGCCGUUCUACGCUACAUACAACUCGGGCGAGCUUCAGCCUUGCGCAGGUAGCCCUACGCAAACUUCCACAACAUCACAGCGCACAAGCAAGUGCUGCCCCGGCACAAAAUCCACCAUGUCAGACUCGGACGGCGAGUACGUCGCAAACGAUCUGUCUGAUGACGAUGUUGGAGCCCACCAAGUCUCUACAGGACAUGGCACGCGAUCGACAGGUCCUGUCCGAGGCGCCGCUGGUUCAACCACACGGGGCGGCGAUACCAAUUCAGGAACCAGCCGAAAGAGAGCUGCGUGGGAGGAUAUCCAGAGGAGUUGGGAUACCGUCGUUGAGGGUGCGGAUGGGAGUAUUAACUCUACGGUUGAGGGAUUGAGGGAGGCAGGAAAGAGAAAAAGACUACUACGAGAUACAACCCCGUUACAAAGAGGGAUAAUCCGCCAUCUCAUCCUAAUCCUUGACCUCUCUUUCGCCAUGGUGGAAAAAGACCUCCGCCCCACGCGCUACCUCCUGACAAUCCGCUACGCCUCCGAAUUCGUCACCGAGUACUUUGAGCAAAACCCCAUUUCCCAGCUCGGCAUAAUAGGCAUGCGUGAUGGUAUCGCAAUACGCAUCAGCGACAUGAGCGGGAAUCCCACCGAACAUAUCGAGCGCCUGAAAACGCUGCGAGAGCAGCAAGCACAGGGGAAUCCGAGUCUACAAAACGCCCUAGAAAUGAGCCGCGCUGCGCUGUUUCACGCCCCUUCUCACGGCACUAGAGAGAUACUUAUUAUUUACGGAGCGUUGCUUUCCAGUGACCCGGGAGAUAUACAUGAGACGAUCGCAGCGCUGAUCACGGACAGGAUUAGAGUCUCGAUCGUGGGGUUGGCGGCACAGGUAGCUAUUUGCGCUGAGCUAUGCUCACGUACCAAUGCGGGCGAUGAUGGUAAUUACAGCGUCGCGCUCAACGAGCAGCAUUUUAGGGAGCUGGUUAUGGCUAUUACGACGCCUCCCGUUACACGCACGAAAAAGCAAUCGCAGUCCAGUCUCCUCAUGAUGGGUUUCCCGUCGCGGACUCUCGGUGUUGGGAAGACGAUGAGCUUUUGCGCCUGUCAUAGCAAGUUAAGCCGCGGCGGAUAUCUGUGUUCAAGAUGCGAUAGUAAAGUCUGCAAUCUCCCCGCUGAGUGUCCAGCCUGCGGCCUCACGCUCAUCCUAUCCACGCAUCUCGCGCGCUCGUAUCACCAUCUUUUCCCCCUGCGGAACUGGAUUGAAGUCCCCUGGUCUUCAGCCUCGAUAUCCAAAGCGUGUUACUCGUGCCUGGCACUGUUUCCAGAAGUACCAGAGGGGGGGUCGCAGGCUGAAGGAGGCGGAGAGGUCAAGGGCACGAGUGAGAGCGGGCGGUAUGGGUGUGAGGUCUGCGGCAAUCAUUUCUGUAUCGAUUGUGAUGUUUUCGCGCAUGAUGUGGCGCAUAAUUGUCCGGGGUGUCAGAGUGAUACGAGGGGAAUGAUUGAACUGGAUGAUCCAAUGGUUGAAUGA